AGUUACGUUAGCUUAUGUCGAAAUAAAGCAUUACUGCCCCUAUCCUGCAGACAACUUUCCUGCCUGCAAGAAGAAACAUAAAAAAACAUAAAUUGAUCAAAUUGUUGAGAAAAUGUUGCAACAAAAUCGCACGGACACUAUAAGAAAAUGAUCAAAAUAUGGGCAAACUUCGAAACGCGAUUUAUUUAUGCAAGGUAGUGUACGAUCUUGCUUCAAAAUGGACAGUAAAUCGUAGCUUGUACUGCACUUCCGGCCAAUAAGUAUUUCAUUUGAUGCCUGAUAAUAUAGUUCACGCGUAAUAAAUUGUUCGAAUCUUUGAAUUUUCUUUUUUUCCGAAAAAAAAUUUCCCAUUAAGUUUUCACGAGAUAAUAACAGCUUGCUUGCUGACCACUUUCCACGCAAGCGCCAAUGGCCGUCCAACGCCAUUCGCUUUUCACAGUCGUUCGCAAUCGCUCAAAGAGUUUUUUAUCGAGCAGAUUUUCGACCGUGUACAGGAGAAUCAGAAAAUCGUGUUAUCGAACGAUAUGGGCGAGGAAAUGGAAAACACCACGAAUUAUCGUAACAUUCAUUACAAAUCGGACGCAGAAUACACAGUACACGUCGCCAAGACAUUAUUGACACUGAUCGGAAUCUGGCCUAGGAGGAACACGUUCAUAGAUAACGUAAAAUUUUACGUUCAGAUAGGAAUUGUCUUUUUUCUUAUGUGUUUCCUCUUACUACCACACGUGAUUUACACUUACUUCGAUUGCGAAAAUUUGACCAAAUACAUGAAAGUGAUUGCCGCACAGAUUUUCAGCCUUUUGGCGAUCAUUAAAUUUUGGACGAUUAUAAUCAACAGAGAGGAGAUCCGAUUUUGCUUGAUGGAGAUGGAGAUACAAUACAGAGACGUGGAAUGCGAAGAGGAUCGGUUGGUAAUGAUGAACACUGCGAAAAUCGGCCGAUUCUUCACAAUCGUUUAUUUGAGCCUUAGUUAUACAGGCGCUUUGCCCUAUCACAUCAUUUUGCCCCUGAUAUCGGAAAGGAUCGUCAAGGAGGACAAUACCACUCAGAUACCAUUGCCUUAUUUGAGCGAUUACGUUUUCUUCGUAAUCGAGGACUCGCCGAUUUACGAGAUGACUUUCGUAUUGCAAAUAUUCAUCAGCAGUAUUAUUUUGUCUACGAAUUGUGGGACUUACAGCUUGAUCGCCUCUAUAACGAUGCACUGCUGCGGUCUGUUCGAGGUUACCAAUAGAAAGAUCGAGACGCUUUGCAAGUGGGAUAAUCGGGAUUUGCAUGAUCGUGUCAUUGACAUCGUUCAAUCUCACCUGAAAGCAAUCGAAUACUCUGCACGGGUUGGAGAAUCACUGAGCAUCGUAUUUUUAUCGGAAAUGCUUGGCUGCACCAUCAUAAUAUGUUUCUUAGAAUUUGGUGUAAUUAUGGAAUUAGAAGAUCACAAAACAUUGAGCACAGUCACGUAUUUUGUUUUAAUGACAUCGAUUUUCGUAAAUGUAUUCAUAAUAUCGUUUAUUGGUGAUCGUCUUAAACAAGAGAGUGAGAGAAUAAGAGAAACAUCAUAUUUCAUACCAUGGUACGAUUUUCCAACGAAAGUGGCGAAAAAUAUAAAGACAAUCAUACUUAGAGGCAGUCGACCAUCAAGUCUGUCUGGGGCCAAAAUAUUGGAUCUUUCGCUUCAAGCAUUUUGCGAUGUUUGCAAAACUUCGGCAGCCUACUUUAAUUUUCUGCGUGCAAUGACGAUAACAAUCGUUUUUUUUCUCAUGUGUUUCCUCUUAUUACCACACGUGAUCUAUACUUACUUUGAUUGCGAAAAUCUGACCAAAUAUAUGAAGGUGAUAGCCGCCCAGGUUUUCAGCCUUUUGGCGAUCAUCAAGAUCUGGACGAUUCUGAUUAACAGAAAUGAGAUCAGAUUUUGCUUGAUGGAGAUGGAGAUACAGUACAGAGACGUAGAAUGCGAAGAAGAUCGGUUGGUAAUGAUGAAUACUGCGAAAAUCGGUCGAAUCUUCACAAUCGUGUAUCUGUUCCUCGGUUACGGAGGUGCCUUGCCCUAUCACAUUAUUUUACCCUUGAUAUCAGAGAGAAUCGUCAAAGCGGAUAACAGUACUCAGAUACCUUUGCCAUAUUUGAGCGAUUAUGUUUUCUUCGUCAUCGAAGACUCGCCAACUUACGAGAUAACCUUUGUCGUGCAAAUGUUCACCAGCUUUCUAAUAAUGUCCUUGAAUUAUGGGAUCUACAGCUUAAUCGCUUCUAUAACGAUGCAUUGCUGCGAAAUAAUGGAAACGAAACAUGCGGAAAAAGAUCUGAAGCAAGCGUUCUACGCACAAUUGUUCCUGAAGAUAAUUGGUGCUUGGCCAAUCGCUAUCGAAUCUUCUUUGAGUUUGAAAAUACAAAAAUGGUUUAUAAUUUUUUUCUCCUUUUUCUUGCAAAUAUGUAUCGUAGCUCCGUGCAUUUUGGACGUGUUCCUGAAAGAGAAGAAUGGAAGCAGAAGGAUAAAUCUGUUCAUGCUGCUCAUCAACACUUUAAUUCAGAUGUUCAAAUACGUGAUUACGCUGAACAGAGCGAACGAAUUAAGGAUAGCUAUACACGAAAUAAAAAAAGAUUGGUUGACCGCCACGCCCGAAGAUCGAUUUGUCUUUGUCACGAAUUCGAGGAUUGGUCAACGAAUGAUGAUAAUAAUGGCUGUCAUCAUGUAUACCACUGGUGUCGGUUAUCGAAUGAUUCUUCCACUUUUGAAAGGGAAAAUUAUUCUACCGAAUAAUGUUACCAUAAGACUACUCCCCUGUCCAACUUACUUUACUUUUUUUAACGAAUUAGUUAGUCCAUACUACGAGAUGAUCUUUAUGCUGCAACUUCUGGCUAGAUUUUUCAUUUAUACAGUUUUCAAUGGCACGGCCGGGAUUUCCUUGAUGCUCUCUCUUCAUAUGUGUAGUUUACUGAAGAUUUUAACGAGGAAAAUGGCCGAUCUUACGGAUGGAUCGGUUAUCAGCGAAAAAAUUAUGCAGCAAAGGAUCGUGGAUAUCAUUGAAUAUCAAACAAGGAUCAAAAGAUUUUUGAAUAACACAGAAAUGAUCACGCAAUAUUUUUGUUUUUAUGAUAUCGGUUGUAGCACGUGUCUUAUAUGUUUCAUAGGAUACAGUAUUAUUGUGGAAUGGGAAAAUCGUAAUAUUACUAAUAUAGUGAUUUAUUUUUCGGGAUUAGCAACUUCCACUCUUAUGAUAUAUAUAAUCUGUUAUAUCGGUCAACUUCUCCUUGACGAAGUAUAAAUUGCAUUAUGGUUAUUUAUUUUAACUCGAAUUUGUCUUGAAUAUUCUUUUCAGAGCAAUAAUUUAGCACAAACAUGCACUACUUUAAACUGGUAUCGUUUUCCAAAAAAGAAGGCCCGGUAUUUGAUAUUGAUAAUUAUUAUGUCCAAUUAUCCUAUAAAAUUGACAGCGGCUAAAGUGGUAGACGUAUCUUUAACUACCUUCACCGAUGUGAUGAAGGCGGCAAUGGGUUAUUUAAAUAUGUUACGAGAAGUUAUUUAA